AUGGAUGUGGGUCUCUUGGGCCUGCCAGAUGUGGCUCAGUGUUGCAGCAAGACCCUGCGGGGAGUGCAGGGCAGGGGCCCGGCCACGCGUCGGCGGCGGGAGUUCAUGCCAGAAGAGAAGAAGGACAUGGUUUACUGGGAGAAGCGGAGGAAAAACAAUGAAGCCGCCAAGAGAUCCCGGGAGAAGCGCCGUCUCAACGACGCGGCUCUCGAGGGCAGGCUGGCUUCGCUGCUGGAGGAGAACGCUCUGCUCAGGGCUGAGCUGCGGGCGCUCAAGCAUCGCUUUGGCCUCCUGUCCCCCGUUGGUAGCGCCAGGACCCUGCCCCUGCAGGCUGUGCUGUGGGAGGCCUCCUGGACUGGAGACCCCCGCCCUAGGGCUGAACCACUCCCAUCUCUGCCUGGCUCCCAUGGCUGUGUCUUCAGACCCUCUUCGCUGGACACUGGGGUUCCAGGAUGCCGCGGCUGCCUGGUGGCUCACAGGUGGACUGGCCUGGCUCCUUCCCCCAGGUCCCUCCAGGACCCUGCACCGUCGAGUCCCAAAAGAAUGGACAUGGCCUUGCAGGCUGCCCUUCCAGCCGCCUUCUUCAGCUGUAACCUCCUGGAUGGGCAUGGGGGGCCCAGACCAGAGCUCAGGCCCUGCUGGGGGCUGUGGUCACCUGUGCCCAGUAGUUGCGGGGCCUCUGGGCUCUCAGAUGUGCUGCUGACACCCACUGCUGAUCCCGUGGGGUUGCCUCCUGGGGUGUCCUGCCCUGUCCCAGGGAACAAUCCUGAGAGUCUGGCUCAGUCCUCCCUGCCCCACAAACUGCGCAUCAAGUCGCGAGCCUCGGGCAGAGUACCUCGAGGCCGGGAGAGUGGCCGGGGCCCCUUCUGA